CAUUUUACUCUUUGCUCUUUGGAAUUGUAACCAGCAAAAAACGAGUGUCCAGAAUUAAAUAAUGGUGUGAAAUUAUUAGAAAUUUGACAAUUAUAAAAUAAUUUAUAGAAAUAAAACCAAUAAUAAGUUAGUUUACAGAAGGUAACCUAUAAAUAAUGGAUGAAUAUUCAAGAGAACCUUGCCCUUGGCGUAUAUUAGAUGAUUCCGGUGGUGCUUUCAUUAUGGGAGCUAUUGGAGGUGGCAUAUUUCACUCCAUUAAAGGUUUUAGAAAUGCUCCAGUUGGUUUCAACAGAAAAAUGCUUGGAAGCUUAGCUGCAAUUAAAGAACGAUCACCAAUAGUAGCUGGUAACUUUGCAGUAUGGGGUGGCAUGUUCUCCACAAUAGAUUGCUCUCUUGUAUAUUUACGACAAAAGGAGGAUCCUUGGAACUCUAUAAUGAGUGGAGCACUGACUGGAGGCAUCCUAGCUGCUAGAAAUGGUGUACCUGCCAUGGCUGGCAGUGCUUUAGUAGGUGGUAUCCUACUAGCAUUGAUUGAAGGUAUCGGCAUAAUGUUCACUAGACUGUCUGCUGAGCAAUUCAAACCACAGCAGCCUAUCUUCGAAGAUCCAUCAAUAUUAGGACAGAGUCAAGGGCAGAGCCAAUCCUUCCAAUAAGGAAAAUAUUUGUUUAGUUUUAAAUUUGAUUAAAAUGUACAAUGGAAGUUCAAAAUGGGUAAACAAUAUAAGCUCAAGAAAAUUAUUGAUUAUUUAUUUUAAAAUAUAAACUAAACAUUUGAAUAAGUAAAG